UCCAGGGGAGGGCAGAGUUACACUUACACACUCUUGUUUCAGUACAGCAAUGUUAUGGAACUUGUGUAGGUAGCCGUCGCUAACUGUUAGGACUUGAACUGUACGAGAAAUGACCACCUCAAGGUUACCGCCAGCGGUGUUCACGCUUAAGCAGUUCUUGCAGAGACAGAAAGUGCUUGGUCUGUACAGGAGUAUGCUAAAGACUAUACGCCAAGUACCAGACGACGCAGACCGCAAGUACCUUAGGAACUGGGCGAGGGAGGAGUUCCAAAGAAAUAAAAAUGCCUCAAAUCAGGAUGCUAUACGAAUGAUGAUAACACAGGCAAAUAUGCAUCUGGAUGAUCUUCGCAAAUCACUCGCACUUGCUAAAAGUUAGCCCAGCAACAACACCCCGAGGAGUACGAACUGUUGGGAGUGACACAUUUAAUUGUUUGUUUCUUGAUAUGUUCAUGGGCAUGUUGACCAGCUGCCAGAGGUGUACUUGGAAUGAUAUUACGUCAUUCUGUCUCUGAGAACCACACAUCAAUGCCCAUCAGUGUAUUAUAAUAUUUUUAUAUUUCCAGUGUGAAGGUAAUUGACUGCAAUCCAGCUCGGCCAGUCGAUGUCUUUAAUGUUAGAUAUGUGAUGCAGCUGGCUGUGGUAUUGUAAAGUGAAUGUAAAUAAAGAAAUAGAGAACGUA